AUGGAGGAAGGCAGUUCAGGCUCACGGAGGACGAGGUCUCAAGUAGCUCCGGACUGGACAGUGAAAGACUGUCUGAUUCUGGUGAAUGAGAUCGCUGCGGUCGAAGCGGAUUGCUCGAAUGCUUUAUCCACCUUCCAGAAAUGGACAAUGAUCUCAGAGAACUGUAACGCUUUGGAUGUACACAGAACUCUAAACCAAUGCAGGAGGAAAUGGGAUUCUUUGGUCUCUGAUUACAAUCAGAUCAAGCAGUGGGAAUCCAAGAAACAAGGCGGUGGUUGUUCGUAUCGGUCCCUGAGUGAUGAGAAGAGGAAGAAGCUGAAUCUCCGUGGGAAUAUCGAUAACGAGCUACUUGAAGCUAUCAAUGCGGUUGUGAUGAUCCAAGAGGAUAAAGCUGGAACCGAACCUGAUGGUAGUGAUGAUAGUGACCCUGAAGCUCAAGAAGACUCUGAGAUUCUUGAUCUCACUACUGAAUUAGCUAUUGCAGGGUCAAAAAGGUCAAGACAGCAAACCAUGGUGGUGAUGAAGGAGAAUCCGCCACAUAAGAGAAAGACAGAAGAGGAGCCACGGAGCAAACGAGUUGUGGAGAACAUUCAAGAGCAAUGUGCAAAAGGAGCCAGUCAGAAGAAAACCAAGGAAGAGAAGAAGCCAGUGGAAGAGGAGGAGAUGAUGACCGUUGAAGAGGUGGAAACGGUGAAGGCAAAGCUAGGUGAGAAAGCUGACUUGAUACAUGCAAUAGUAGGGAGGAGAGAUGCAAGAAAGGAUGGUGAAACAGGGGAUGGUAUUAGUAUUGACGAUAGAUUAAAGUUUGUGAGAGAGCAAGGAGACGAGCUAAUCGCUUCUCUGAGUGAAAUUGUGUAUACCCUUAAUAGGCUCCGUUAA